GUUGCAAGGAUAAAACUAUGGCUCUUACAUUAAGAGAUUUGAUACAAACAUCAUAUUUCAGAGUUGUAGUUGUUGAAGAUGUUGAUUCAGUUGAAUGUUGUGGAGCACUAAAGAACAUAGUAGCUUGUGGUGCUGGUUUUGUCGAUGGUUUAGGACUAGGGGAUAAUACAAAGGCUGCUAUCAUUAGGUUAGGACUUAUGGAAAUGAUUAAAUUCGUAGAUGUCUUUUUCCCUGGUGGAAAGCUUUCUACAUUCUUUGAAAGUUGUGGUGUAGCAGACCUUAUUACUACUUGUUACGGUGGUCGGAAUCGUAAAGUUUCAGAAGCAUUUGUCAAAACUGGCAAGACAAUUGAAGAAUUGGAAAAGGAAAUGUUAAAUGGACAGAAGUUACAAGGUCCUUUCACAGCUGAUGAAGUAAAUUACAUGUUGAAAGCAAAAAAUAUGCAAAACCGCUUCCCCCUUUUCACAGCUAUACAUCGGAUUUGCACUGGUGAGAUAAAUCCACAGGAACUAAUUGAAUGCAUACGCAACCAUCCUGAACACAUGGACAAUGACGUUAAUUCAUCAAUGCUGCAGCUACCUGCACCGAAGUGCCAUUUGUGAAGAUGAUAUUGAAGGACAAAGAGGAGAGAUGCUUCAUGUAUUCAUGUCUAAAAAAUUGUUAUCAAUUUAUAGAUUAUUUUUGGAAUGUGAUGCAUUAUUAACACAUUUAACACUCACACUAACUGGAUAUUGUGAUAACAAUCGCACUCAUCAUGACUAACUAUGUUAACAAUAGAGCAAUCACUUUUCUUUAAAAUCUGUUGUCAAUAAAUACUUCUGAAAUA